AUAAACAAACUGACAAAACCACGAGUCAACGAUGAACAACCGUCGUUCUCAGCUCUUAUGCAUCUGAGCUUUAAGUAAAAACAAUAAGUAAGAAAAAUAAAUAAAACGAACAAACAUUAAGUUCACCACUUGUCAUCAGCAAUCAAGAAUUUUGUUGGAUAACCAUAAAACAAACUUCAAGAACCUCCCUCAGUGAAAUAAAGCAAACUAAGCAGCGCCAUCUACAGAAAUGCCUACAAUACAGCAGCCCAAACAGCAUGGCCAAAAGAGACAAUCCUUUCACUAACAUUUGACAGGCCAAACUUAGUAGUGUUGUUAUAGUUUAAAAUGCAUUAUUCAUUCAGUAAUUCUUGAUUGUCAGAUAGCUGUCAAAUGCACUAGAUAAAGUUUGUCAGAAAUUGAGAUUAUAGGCAACAUUUAGGCCUUUUUAUAUCUGCACACUUCGAAUAUUUAUGCUAAAUAGUAUUGUUUACAUUUCCCGUAUUUCCUAAAACAGCGUAUAGACUACCCUGUUUUAGAAAAAAAAUGCCACACGCUAGGCUAAUAUUGCUUAACAAUUUAAUAAUAGCCUAUUUAACGCCAAUGCAUUAUAAUAUAUGUUCGGAAAAAAAAUGUGAAAACAUCCGACAAGACCUAAGCUAAAUAGAAAAAAAUAAAGACAGUAAAAAUAGAAAAAUGAAGAUUAAGACCUUCCGUUAUCCUUAACUAUUCUCAUCAUGACAACAUAGUGCCCAUCAACCACAUACACACACACACACACACACACACACACACACACACACACACACACACACACACACACACACACACAUUCAGUCUCUACGUUUAGGUCACCAAUAUGAUUCAAACAUGAUUCAUGUAGUUUGACAACAUACAGUUUCGAAAUACCACGAUGCCUGGCCGCUGGUGGUACCGCUUCCUUUCCACUUGUCUUUUAAUUUCCUCGAUUUUUUUAACCCAUCUCUCCUCAUUUCCCUGUUUGCAUCCCUCCCCUUCCGAAGUGUCAGAUGAAGAGACCUCCUCAUUUGGUGCUCCAGCUUUUUGCGUUGGCGAAUCACAAAGUGUUGGAAUCUAUUGCCUUUGUCUGACAUGUCAUCCAUCUCUAUGCGAGGGGGGAUCUGGGAAGGAGGGGGGCGGUGGACUGCAGCUUUUAGAAACAGACACACUGAGAAGAGGGGUUUCAGUCUCAGCCCAAAGCUUCUAACAGGCACAUCCCAUUCUUGAAGAGAGGGGGACCGAAAGACACUCGCCGUGUCCAUGUUUUUUCCUGUCAUCCCCGGACGAAUCUGACUGUACCCCUCAGACUUUACCAGAAACGCUUCUCCAUAUCGAGGAAUUUACACUGCAGUUUCACCAGAGGACACUGGAGGAGACGCAACCACUAAUGCUUGCGUUCCCUUAAAUAUGUAGCUAACAAAUAUUAACUGAACGACUGAUUACGCUAACGUUCCUGCGUAAAAGAUUUUUUGAGAGACUAGUGCAGGACAUGAUCUGCACCUGACCAGCCUCGUGUCUUCAUUGAAUGGACUGAUCAGCACGAGAUAAAGUUCGUCGCUCGCUGAAGAACUUCUCCUGUACACUGGCAUCGGAAGCACUGUGCUUUGAACGGAUAGCGAUCUUUAUUAAUUCCAAUUAUAGCUACAUAAUCAAGGCGAGACGGCGACCUCAGUCGAUUAUCUUUCCUUCCUUUGCUAUCCCAUGGAUAUUCACUGCAAAGCAGACCCCUUCUCGGCGAUGCACCUAUCCCAUAUAGGGCACGGCGGUGUGAACCAGCUAGGAGGGGUGUUUGUGAAUGGCAGACCCCUACCUGACGUGGUCAGGCAAAGAAUCGUGGAGCUCGCGCACCAAGGAGUCAGACCUUGUGACAUCUCAAGACAACUACGGGUCAGCCAUGGCUGUGUCAGCAAAAUUCUCGGAAGCUAUCAAAAGGAUCUUAUAAGAUAUUAUGAAACCGGCAGUAUUAAACCUGGAGUUAUUGGGGGGUCCAAACCAAAAGUGGCGACGCCCAAAGUUGUGGAUAAAAUCGCAGAAUACAAGCGGCAGAAUCCCACAAUGUUCGCCUGGGAGAUCAGGGACCGACUCCUGGCCGAGGGCGUUUGUGACAACGACACAGUACCAAGUGUUUCAUCUAUAAACAGGAUAAUUCGAACCAAAGUUCAGCAGCCUUUCCACCCAUCCUCCGACGGCACAGGAACGCCUCUCACCACAGCGGGACACACUAUAGGUGAUCUUGAGAGCACUCCAUAUACGUUAACCUAUUCCUGUGCUCUUUCAGUGCCCAGCACAGCCUCCCCACCUGUGUCAAGCGCUUCCAAUGACCCCGUGGGGUCCUACUCUAUUAAUGGCAUCCUAGGAAUCCCUCGCUCCAACGGCGAAAAGAGAAAACGCGAUGAUGUUCUCUGGAGUGGCAACCACUUGGAUGGGAGGAAAAUAGGAUAUUAUGGUUCAGAUGGCUCUGGCCCAAACAGUGAUUCUCAGGGUAGUGUGGAGAGUUUACGGAAGCACCUGAGGGCCGAUGCCUUCACUCAACAACAGCUGGAGGCUCUGGAUCGGGUGUUUGAGCGGCCGUCAUACCCCGACGUCUUCCCUACGUCAGAACACAUCAAGCCAGAGCAGGCUAAUGAAUACUCGCUACCAGCACUGAACCCUGGACUGGACGAAGUCAAGCCCAGUCUGUCAACCAGCGUCAGCUCAGAUUUGGGCUCCAGCGUGUCACAGAGCUACCCGGUAGUGACAGAGUCACAUUCAUCCUCCGCGUGUGUUAAGCAGGAGCCGCAUGAGGCUUCCCUGGCUCCUUUCACCCCUUCCUCACUGGCAGUCUCGGGCCUAGCGGAACUGUUGCCCCUCCAGCCCAGCGUGUCAGUAGAUGCCUCCACCCCCUGCUACGGUGCCUAUGCCCAUCAUGCCCCCAGCUACAGCCAGUAUGCAAGCCAGCCUAUUAUAGCAGGUCGAGACAUGGCAAGCACAACCCUACCAGGGUACCCACCUCACGUUCCCCCUACUGGGCAGGGCAGCUACCCCACCUCUACACUUGCUGGAAUGGUCCCUGGAAGCGACUUUUCAGGAAAUCCCUACUCUCACCCGCAGUACACAACUUACAAUGAAGCUUGGCGGUUCAGCAACCCCGCGUUAUUAAUGCCGCAUCCCGGGGCUCCGCCCCUCCCACUGCUGCCACUGCCUAUGACCGCCACUAGUUACCAUGGCAACCCAAUCAAACUGCAGGACCAUGGCCGCGGCCUCCAUAUCGUACCAGUCUGAAUGGCGCUAAGGUCAGAGGGAUUGAAGAUGGCUACACGGUCUUCAGUUUCAUGGGGCCGAGAUCGGAUUAGGAGGGUCAAGCAACAGCGGGUCCCCCCCCCCACCCAGACAUCAACUAUACCCCCCCCCCCCACGCAACAUCAACACUAAGGCUCUCAUUCUCUAAAUCACUGAACAAUGACUGAACUCUUUCCUGAAAGACUUUGAAAGAUUCUACAAAAAUAUAUAUAUUAUACAAGAUAUAAAAACAAGAUGAACCGUGUGAAGAAAUACGAAGUAACAAUUGAUGUGUUGUUGUUAUUUUUUUUUUUUUGUUCUAUCUUUAAAUCAAUCAAUACAUUCCUUUGCAUACUGUAUUUAGUAUCACUAACAGAUCACACACACAAGGUUGCCUGAGGCCUUUAAAGUAAUUUGCCCAUGUCCUACACCAUCUCACUAGUGUCUUACCUCUCACGGACAGAACAGCGACGUGUCAGCUGAGCAGAAAACUGCAGUAUUGCUCCAUUUUCUGUCAAACAGACAAGUGUAACAGUCUUAGAAGCCAUCUCUGACUCAUGGUAUGAAAUUACCAACAUGAUUUAACAUUUUCUGUGAUACACAAUCAAAAUGGGGGAAAAGAAAACAGAAAAAAAAACAUAAAAACAGGUCAGACACUGAAGAAAUUAACUGUUGCUGUAAAUGACCUGAAAAGAAAACCGUAUAUUAAAUUAUUGUUUUGGUUUAGCUGAUGGUUUGUGUGCGUGUGUGCAUUUGUGUGUGUCAUACCUUUUCGGGAUAUUCCAUUUUAUCAUCAUCAUGUGUAAUCUCCAAUAUCAUGAUCGGUGCCGCUCUUUUCUCGUUUGCACUAUUUUGCAUUACUGGAUUUAUAAGUACAAAUGAAUUGCAAUUAUCUUCUCAAGUCUGUCAGAUUACAUGUUAUAUUUAAGCAAAAAGGUCUACUCCAAUUGACAAAGUAACAGCAACACUGGACAAAAAUUCACUUGCUAUAUGUUAGAAACUAGUAUAUGCCUUUUCUGUCCUUCCGUGUGGAUCAUAAAUGAUUCCUCAAACUUCAAGAACCAUUUUUGUAUCGUGUAACUGAGACAGAACGACUCUGACUGGCUCAGUACCAAAGUAAUCAUUAGCAGUCAAUUGUACAACAAGUUCAACAAAUGCCUUACAGCUUUUUUAAUUUCAUUUUUUUUUUUUUUUUUUUUUUUAUGGUUUGGCUAUGGUCCUGAGAGGUAGACAUGCAUGUAACCCCUCUGUGUGGUCGAACAAACGUUUCACCAAAUGUUAACUGAGGAUAGAAAUGGAAACGGUCCAUCCAUACGCUCCUGGAAAUGUAAAGUGAAUGUACUUUAUACCACGUUUGCCAAAGACUUAGUUUGAUAUUUAAUAUUUUAUUUGCUGUAUCUGUCAAUAAAACAGUAUUAUGUUUUAAUAGUAGUCAAAACUGAUUGUAUGUGGUAAUGUUGAACAAAAAGGAAAAGAUCCAUCUUAGGCCCACAGCAAUGUACACAGAAAAGGUGAAUUCUGUUACUUAAAGGUAUGUCAUUUGCAACAAACUGCUGCUUUGUAGAAUGAUUUGUGUAUAAUGUGAAAACAAUUCUUCUAUGUAUAUAAGAUCAUCUACAUUUCACCAUUGCAGUAUCGUACUAAUUUACUGAUUCCAUUUGUAGAUAUGAGAAUUGAAAGAAAAAGAAAAAAAGAUUGACAUUACAUUUGUGUCUUCAAUGUGUUGUGCUUUGCAGAGACGCACAACAAAAAGUUUGAAACCCGACCUGCGUCGUUCGGUGGGUUUCAGAUGCUAUCACCACAUGUGCGGCUGUUUGUAUAUUUUGUUUCGGUUCGCAUUUACUUAACUUGUUCAUACUGUUUAAGUCUCUAUGCAAAUCAAGUAAAAUGGUAUUCUGUAUUCUCCUUUAUUACUGCGUUCAAUUUUACCCUUCAUUUUAAAUGAUCCCUAAAUCCUGUACAGAGGAUAAGCCUGUAGAAAUGAACAAAUACAUUUCACAUGCCUGGUUUUGUGGAUUGUUUUUGCACUUUGAACCUUUCCUGUACAAUUCAAGAUGGAGUAAAACACGACUUCAGAAUUCCUUUUGCAAAAUUAGUUUAAAGUUAUUUUACUACAAGACCAGAUUAUUCAAAUUUAUAGCAUGCAAAGGGG